AGGCUCGGAUAACGGGAAGUGACGGGCGUGUCCCGGAAGUGCGGGGGCGCGCGGGCGGCUGGGCGGAUCCCGCGGCGGUGUCAGCGGAGCGCGGUCGAGCGGCGCCGUGUACGUGGUGCGUGUGAGGAUGGCAGAGCAGGAGCCCACAGCCGAGCAGCUGGCCCAGAUCGCAGCUGAAAAUGAGGAGGACGAACACUCUGUCAACUACAAGCCCCCUGCCCAGAAGAGCAUCCAGGAGAUCCAGGAGCUGGACAAGGACGAUGAGAGCCUGCGAAAGUACAAGGAGGCGCUGCUUGGUGCCGUCACUGUGAGCGCAGAUCCCAAUGCUCCAAACGUGGUGGUGACCAAACUGACUCUGGUCUGCACAACUGCCCCGGGCCCUCUGGAGCUGGACCUGACAGGUGACCUGGAGAGCUACAGGAGGCAAGCAUUUGUGCUGAAGGAGGGUGUGGAAUACCGGAUAAAAAUCUCCUUUCGGGUUAACAGGGAGAUCGUGUCAGGGUUGAAGUACAUUCAGCACACGUUCCGGAAAGGAGUGAAGAUUGACAAGACCGAAUACAUGGUUGGCAGCUACGGCCCUCGAGCAGAGGAAUACGAGUUUCUGACCCCCAUGGAAGAAGCCCCUAAGGGAAUGCUGGCCCGGGGCAACUACAAUGUCAAAUCCAAGUUCACAGAUGAUGAUAAGACUGACCACCUGUCCUGGGAGUGGAACCUGACCAUCAAGAAGGAGUGGAAGGAGUAGCCCUUCCCGAGGCCAAACCCCAGAGCGCGUGAAUCAGACAGUGGCUACCGUAGAAAUUCCCCCCUGUACCAAAGUGCUGACAUUGGAACCCUCCUCCCUUCCCCCCACCCCAUUAUGAUUUGACCAGAGCUCAGUUUUGUAUUGUGCCCCCUCCCCAGAGAAUCUCUGAGUGCAUUGUCCAAACCCUGCUGUCUGCAUCUGGUCUCCAGCUGCCUGGCCUGGGCCAUGCUGCUGGUGCAGGGCUUGGCGCCUUCCUGCUUCCCACCUGCCCUUAUCCCGGUAGGUGCUGGAGGGGAGACACCUGUGCCCUCAUAGCUCCUGUGCUUGGCCUCCUGUGCACAGCUCAGGGUAGUUACUGCCUCCAGCAGCUGAAGGACUUUGAUGCCAGGCAGCUCCUGACCCCAUGUGUUGGCUCAAGUCAUGCUCAGCCUGCCCCUCCACCCCGCCGGUGGCUGGGAGCUCUGGCAGCUUCAUUUGUGGAUGUUCCCUGUAACCAUGAUGCCUUAAUGUGUAACACGGAUCCUCUAGGGAGGGGGCCCUGCCCCUGUUACACUUUUUAAUCAUGUCCCCUGGUUUUGGCAUGGCGCUCAUCUCGGUCACGCCCCUCAUGGGUUAUUAGGUAAGAGUCACAACUUCCCGCUUUGCUGCUGGUCCUUCCUCCCUCGAGACGGGACAUCUCCAGAGGGAGGGUGGUGGGUGACGAGGGCACGGGAGGCACCGGCUCUGCCGUCACUUGCGUCGCUUCCUGUCCCCUCACACCCCGGCAGCCGCAGUGACUGCGAGCACUGAGGUUCCAGGCCAGCGCCCACCCUCCUGCCGGCUCUGGGCUGAGGAUGGACUUGGCUGUUUCUGCAGCUGCUCCUGACACGGUCAACCAAGAGCUUGUGAUGGACAGGCUCCAAAGCGGUUAAUGCCUUAUGUAUCUGUUCUGCCUUUACAACCUGUGCCUGGCCUGGCGGCAGUUACUGCCUUCACACUCCGAUGCCGCAGCGGUGCCCGGGGCUGCGCUGUCGGUGCCUGGAGUGGAGGAGCCCUUUGGGACCCCUGGGCCGGACAGGCCCGUUCCCGCUCCACAGCCGCCUCUUGGGAUCAAACCACACUGAGGCUGUAUUAGAACCGGGACCAAGUACAUGUGGCUUUCUCGUAGCUACGUCUCUGCCUCUAACUCCCCCCUGCCCUGCCCCUAGAGAGGUUUUUGUUCAUUUGAUUUGGUGCAAUUGUCUGUAAGUCCUAGACCCGGGUUAACAGGUUUGGAAUCAUCGUCUGCUUCUCCUUUUAUGACAGUAAAAUAAAACCUUUGAACUGAC